CUAUCUAUCUAUCUAUCUAUCUAUCUAUCUAUCUAUCAUGUGAGAGAGGAAUAAACAAUAAACAUGAUCACAGCGCCCUCUGCUGUUGUUAUUGUUGAAAUACAGUGUUUGGUGACGUCACAUCAUGGCGCGACACUUACUGUCUGUAAACUUCAUGUUUCGGUUCACUGGAGGAUAUAAGAACAGUCAGCGACUCCUUAAACACACAUGUUGUGGAUCCGACGCCCCGAAUCUGUGUGUGACUCACGACAGACUGAAUCAGCGUUUCACAAUCACUCUCGACUGCGACGGAGCAGCGAGUAGUGCAGUGCUGAAGUACACUAUCACACAUGAUCAGCUGGUGGAGUUGAUGUCUACUGAGGUCCCUCAAUCUCACAGGGGUAAAGGUGUUGCUGCACACCUGGCGAAGGCGGCUCUGGAUUUCGUUGUUGAAGAAAAUAUGAAAGUGAGGAUCUCCUGUUGGUACAUUAGGAAAUAUGUGGAUGAAAAUCAACAUCUUGGAUACCAGGCUCAUAUUAAAGAUCAAUAAAGGCAGAAUCAAACCUUAUUUAUCAGAUUUUACCUCUGUGUUUAUUUUAUGAUCGUUUUGUGUAGGUUUUACGUCAACCAUAUAAGUGACCAAUCCACUGCCAACAGCCUAGCAACCACCCAGAAAAACUUAGUAACAACUCCCUAGUUACUAUACAAAACACAAAACCGCCUGGAACACACAAGCAGCUGACAGACUAUAUUAUUAUUUUAUUAAUGUACACUACAAGCCAAAUGUUUGGAAUAAACAAGAUAACAGUAAAAUUAGUAAUGUUGUAAAAUAUAAAUUAUUGCAAUAUAUAUAUAUAUAUAUAUAUAUAUAUAUAUAUACAAAAGGUGAAUGUUUGUUGCAGAGUAAACACUGAAGAUAGCAACGUGCCGGAAUGUUUGCUUCUGUUCAUUUGUUUGUAAUUCACUUUGCACUUUUUGCACUCCAGGAAAAUCCAGGAAGUAAAAACAUGUUUUGACAGAUAAUUCAGUGUUUGGCUGUUCUUGCCUGUCUUACAAUAUUUUGCAAUAGAAAAC